AUGGAGAACAUCCAGGUUGUAGUUAGAAUUAGGCCAUCAAAUGGUUAAGAGAAAGACAACAAUGACCUCGAAAUUUGGUCUGUUAAUAAUCAAGACACCAUCACUAUUUCCAAUGAUAGAUUUAAUGAUUUAGUUCGAAUGCGUAAAUUUGUGCCAGGACAAAGAGUGGAGUUUACCUUCAAUUAAUGUUUUGAUCCCAAACACACCACCAAAUUCAUUUACUAGUAAUAGAUCCAAAGAAUCACAUUAUCAUCAUUGUAAGGUAUAAAUGGGACAGUGUUUAUGUAUGGUCAAACAGGAAGUGGUAAGACUUACACAAUGAUGGGGUAUGAUUAAGAAGAGGGAAUUUUGAAGUAAGCACUCAAAGAUCUUUUCGGAGAAAUUGAGAAAUAAUAAGACAGACAGUUUUUCUUAAGAUGCAGCUAUGUCGAAAUAUACACAGAUUAAGUUUAUGAUCUGCUGUCUACUCAGGAGAGAUUGAGUGAAACUUUGUUAAUAAAUGAGGAUUUCAAUAGAGAAUUUGUGAUUAAAGGAGCUAUUGAAGAAGUUGUGACUACAAUAGAUGAAAUCAUGGAUAUCCUUCAGUUUGGAGAGAGUAACAGACAUUACGCAUCCACUGUCAUGAAUCAUUGCAGUAGUAGAUCUCAUACAAUAUUCAGACUGUAUGUUAGGUGUGUCCCUAAUACAAUUGGACCAAACUCAGUGAUAACUGAAUCUAUUCUUAAUUUUGUUGAUUUGGCAGGUUCAGAAAAAAUUAACAUUCACGAUUCAAUGCUUAAAAAAAGAGGAACUUCUGCAGGAGGGAAUAGAUAAAAUGAAUCCAAACACAUCAAUAAAAGUCUGUUCUUUUUAACUUAAGUAAUAUCUCUCAGGGCUUAAGGAAGAAAUGAUCAACAUAUCCCAUAUAGAAAUUCGCCUUUAACAAAGAUAUUGAGAUCAUCUUUAGGAGGUAACUCCAGAACUGCCAUUAUACUGUGUAUUAAUCCUUGUUAUAGUUAAUUUGAAUAAACAGUGUCUACUUUAAGGUUUGGGACAAAUGCAAAGAAAAUAGAAAACAAUGUCUCAAAGAAUAUAGUAGGCUUUGAUAAUGAUGAAAGUUUGAAUAGGGUGAUAAAAGAUUAUGAGUCAAAAAUUGAAGAAUUACAAAAAGCAAGAGUUGAUGAUAAGUAACAGCAAGAAAUGAUGCUCAAAAUAAUAGAAAAACUUGAAGAACAAAGAAAAAUAUUCAAAUCCUAGUUUGAUACUUCUGAUCAUAUUUAAGCAAUGAUUAACAAGGAUGUACCAUAUUAAUGGACUCAUUUACACUAUCAUGGAGUCGGAGUCUUAUGGGUUCCAGAAAAAGGAAGCAGAGACAUUGAAGUCAAAUAAGAUAUCAUUGAUUCCUUUGGAAUGAUCAAGAAAUAUUAAAAUUUAGAAGAAGAAUUUAUCAUCUUGAAAUCAGAAAAAUAAACACUUGAAUCUCAAUUGAAUGAAAUCAAAUAGAAGCAAUAAGAAGUCAUCAUCCAAACUAAAAAGAGAUACGCUAAUCAAAAGGCUAAAACUAGAAAAUAUAAAUAACUCAGCAAAGAUCUCUAGGAUGAAAGAAAUAAACUAUAAAAAAUAGCAUUGUGUUAUCAUAAUAUGAUCGACGUAGAUGAGAUGAUGUUGUUGAAUAACGUAACCUUAGAUUAAAUGUUAGAUAAUAUUUAAAUAAUGAUGCAGAACAUAUACAAAGUUAAAUUAAGAAAAGAAAUGAAACUAAAAGGAGAAAAUGUGGACACCCUAAAAUUAAAAUCUUCGAGACCUAUCAAAUAUCCCAAAUACUUAUUUGACACUUCAGCCAUUAAUGUUUAGUUCUGGGAUGUUAAUGAGAAUAAGAAGACUGAAGAAACUAGUAAAAGUGAAAUUGAAUCCUUUCAAAGCUACUUUUAAUCUCAAUUAAAUCAAAGUAGUCCAACAUAUACUGAUAUGCAAAGUAGUAUUCAAUAAUUUAAAGAACCAUUCAAGCACAUAUGUUCUCAUGAAAAAAAUGGACCCAAUAAGUCUGGUAAAGAGAAUUUCGAACCUUCAUUCAAAAAGAAUCAAAUUAUUUUAGAUGAAAUAAUUAAUAUUACAAAAAUGUUUUCAUUAUUGCUAUUAAUCACCACGUCUUAUGCUACAGAUAAAAAUUGUUUAUGGCACGACUCCUACGGAUACACAUACGACAUCUCAAAACUUCAUAACAUCAAUAACUAUCAAGUGCCUGACACUGACACAAGUAUGGGAAUGUUUAACAUGGUUUAUGAAUUUAAUUUUUGCACUGGAGCAGUCAGAUGUUAGGGUAGAGAAGUGGCUGCAUUCGAAGCACUAGAAGUAAUGGGCAAAGUAACAGAAAACUGUGAUGUUUUGGGAUUGAAAGAAACUCAAGAAUUUGGCUAUGUUAAUCCAGUUUAUCCUGAAUUAGGAAUUUCGGUCACUUACAAAUAAGGCGAUAUGUGUUUUGAUGUUAAAGAUGAUGGAGGAUUACAAAAAAUAAUAGCAGAUAAUGAACAAAUGUAAAUGAGUCCAAGAUCAGUUACUUUCGAAGUCACAUGUGGAAAAGAUGAACCUAAUUUUAGAGUUAUUGAUUCUAGUAAAUGCAAUAUUAGGUUGGGUAUUUAGCACUCAGCUGGUUGUCGAUCUGGAUCAUCUCCUAGUGGUGGCAGUUAAACAUUGCUUUUAUAUUUCAUUCUAGGAGCUGGUCUCUACUUUGGAGGUGGAAUAGCUUACAAUAAAAAACAAUACUAGCUGAGCGGAGUAGAUGCAUUACCACAUUCUCAUUUUUGGAGAGACUUUCCACAUUUGGUUAAAGAUGGAAUUAAUUUCACUGUUAUCAAAGUUUUUGGAAUGAUCAAAAAGUUUAGAGGGCUUUCAAGCGAAGGAGGAUAUGCUGUUAUAUGA